GGCUGGAGUCUCUGCGUGUAACAAACAAACGGGUAGAAGAAGUAUUUUUCUGAUCCCCACACCCUUCGCCAACCCGAACAACAGAUGGAGAUCGAUCGAUCGGCUUAGCUCCAUCGCGGACAACAAAGCAGAGCCCUAAGCGUCUCGCUUCGGUGAAGGAAGAGGUUCUUUCGUAGAGAUCUACCGAAAUGUCUCCGGUUGAGUCGCCGCGCGAGGAGAAUGUGUACCUGGCCAAGCUUGCGGAGCAGGCGGAACGGUACGAGGAGAUGGUUGAGUUCAUGGAGAAGGUGGUGAAGACGAUCAACAAGGAGGAGCUUACCGUGGAGGAGCGCAACCUCCUCUCGGUGGCCUACAAGAACGUGAUCGGAGCUCGCCGUGCGUCCUGGCGCAUUAUCUCCUCUAUCGAGCAGAAGGAGGAGAGCCGUGGGAACGAGGAUCACGUCGCGUUGAUCAAGGAGUACCGUGGCAAGGUUGAGGCCGAACUCAGCAAGAUCUGUGACGGGAUCCUGAAGUUGCUUGAUUCCCACCUUGUCCCCUCUGCAACUUCUGCGGAGUCCAAGGUGUUUUACCUUAAGAUGAAGGGUGACUACCACAGGUACCUGGCAGAGUUUAAGACUGGAGCUGAGAGGAAAGAAGCCGCUGAGAGCACACUUGUGGCUUACAAAUCUGCACAGGAUAUUGCUUUAGCUGAAUUGGCUCCGACUCAUCCAAUAAGGCUUGGGUUGGCACUUAAUUUCUCUGUGUUCUACUAUGAGAUUCUUAACUCACCAGAUCGAGCUUGCAGCCUUGCAAAGCAGGCUUUUGAUGAGGCCAUUUCUGAACUGGAUACCUUGGGAGAAGAAUCAUACAAGGACAGCACCUUGAUUAUGCAGCUUCUCCGAGACAACUUGACAUUAUGGACCUCUGAUAUCACGGAGGAUGGAGCUGAUGAAAUCAAGGAAACUCCAAAGAAGGAAUCUGGAGAGGGCCAGUGAUCUCCAAUUAGUUGCUUUCUCGUGCUGAUAAGAAUGUAUCAUUUAACUAGAUGCUGUCAGGAUCUUGUGCUUUUUUAUUGUCCUCUUUAUGUGUAGAGGACGACAAACUAUUCGACAAUUAUUUUCUAGUCAUUGGAUUCUCCUUUGUCUUCA